AUGAGGGACCCGAAGAUCCGCAGCGCGUGCCGCAUUGUGCCCCCCGGCGUGGCGGUGCGUGUGCUUCCCGGUGACUUGGCGACAGCGUCGGUGCCGUGCAGCUGCAGCCUCGACACCGCGGCUCUCUUCCCUGAUGGGCCGCCGUCGCCACCGCUGCCACUCUCCCAUUGUGAGCUGCACGAGCUCCUUCUCGCACUGCCACGCCGUCUGCAGAACUCGCCGUGGCGUGUGUGCUACGAUACGGAGCAGGAUGGAUUCUCCUUGCACAACUUCUACCGUGUCAUGAAGAAGGUGCAUGAGGACUGCGAGAGCGGCAUCGGCGUGUUUGUCGUAAACGAGGGCGUCUCCGCCUCACUGCCCUCGACGCCUGUGAUGAUGUCUCAAGUGACACCCACACGUGGGGGCGGCACAGCUGCAGUUCCUGCUACGCGCGACAUUGUGCUUGGCUGCUUCACGCCCGAGGUGCCGUGCUUAGAACACUCGCAGCACGCCUUCUUUGGAACCCCUGAUACGUUCGUCUUCACGUACGCCGACAUGAAUAACUACGCUGGGAAUAAAAGGGACAACCCCAUCGGUGGCGGAAAGCGUGUGGGGAUGCAACGCUCGGGCAACAGCAACAUGUCGCCGUGUGCGUCGCCGCUGCUGACGCCGGAGCGCGUUGCACCGCCGCCGCCGCCCCCCGUGCUCUCAACGUACCCGUGGGCGAUGGAAGAGGCGAACAGGGAGUUCAUGAUUUGCGCCAACAACUUCUUCGGGGUAGGCGGCGGCCGCGAUGGGGCAGCGAUAUUCGUCGACGAGAACCUCCUGCACGGCAGCAGCAGCGUGCACUGCGUCACGUUCGCAUCACCGUCGCUGACGGGGCGGGCCCGUGCCACGCUGCGGCACUCGGAGUUCACAAUCCUUCGCAUGGUUUGGUUUCGCCUGAAGGAGCGCAGGUGCGUCUUCACGUGCAUGAACCUCCCCACCCGCGAGCCGUGCGACUGUGGCAAGUUUCUAGACUGUGGCUGCGGUCGCGGGAAUCGUGUGGCGCGCCUACGCAGCGGCGGCGCACACGGCGUCAACAGGAACGGCUGGCACGUCUGCAGUGACGACGAGCAGCCAAUCUUCUACACAGAGUAG